AUGGACGCAACGCCCUCCGCUCGUAAAGAGCCAACAGAGCUCCCUUGUGAGCCGUCUCUUGCUGCUGCUCCAGAAGCAGCAGCAGCAGCAAAACCAGCAGCAUCAGCAGCAACACCAGCAGCAGCAGCAACAACAACAACAACACAAGCAGCAGCAACACCAGCAGCAGCAAAAACAACAGCAACAUCAAGGGCGGGUCACUCUUCUUCUGCCUUUAAAAAACUCGCCGUAGGAAGCUCCGUCGCCGGCAUUGCGGAUGCAAUUGCUGCUGCUGCUGCUGCUGCUGCACCAACACCACCACCAGCAGCAGCAGCAGCAUUAAAAUCAGGCGGAGGAGCAGCAACACCUGCAGCAGCAGCAUCAACAGGAGCAGCAGCAACAUCUGCCUACAACAAACUAGCCGGUGGAAGUUCUGUCGCCGGUAUAGCCGAUGCAAUUGCUGCUGCUGCUGCUGCUGCUGCUGCAUCUAAUGUAUCCUCAAGAGCAGCAUCAGCACCAACACCAGCAGCAGCAACAGCAGCUUCUGCACCAUCAGCAGCAACAGAAGAAGAAGAGGACGCAAAUGUUCCUUCCCCUUCUUGGUGCCCAUUAGAUGACUCCUUCUUGCUGCAGCUAAGCAGCAACCUAAGAAAAAGGGUAUGGUCAUACCAUUUGCUGCUGGGGGGCCCCCCUGAUGACGAGGCCCCCUUCCCUCCUCUACAGUUGGGGUGUAUACGCAGCAAAUGUCCCCCUUUCUUCUUGCUGCUGUCAGAUAUGCUGUCUUAUUCUCUUCUUUCUUCUCCUGUCUGCUGCUCUCUUACUUGCAUGCACCCGUUGGGGGCCACAGAGGCCCCGGAUACUGCUGCUGCUACUGCGGAGCAGCAGCAGCAGCAGCCGCAGCAGCAGCAUAGACACUGUCUCACCAGCAGCAGCUCUGUUUCCCCUUCUCAUGCUCCUGCAGCAGCAGCAGCAGCUGCUGCUGCUGCGUCUACCACUUCGGGUGCUUCUGGCCGCAAGCGCAAUGAUUCUAUGGAGGCAGCGCUGCUGCAGACGCUGCUGCUGCUGCUGCUGCAGCUAGAGACUGUAAGUGCGGAGGGUUCAGAGGAGUAUAAGGGGCAGCAUGCCCUAAGGGGGGUCCUUGGGGGGCCCCUUGAGGGCCCCCCUGCUCUUAGUGUAAAUCGCGCCUCUCUCUUCCGCUCUCUGCUGCUGCUGCUGCUAGGCUCUUCUUACUUAAAUAUAAUAACGAAGCUUUGGCUGUCUGCUGCUGUUGCCCCCAAAAAGCAACGUGAAGACACACAGCAGCAGCAGCAGCAACAGCAACAGCAGCAGCAGCCGAAGCAGCAGAAGCAGAGACGCAAGCAGUGCCCUGCGUUCUGGAGGUUUAUCUCUAUAUUUGGCGCAGAGACUACGAAGGAGAUGCUGCUGCCGCAGUGCAUGCAUCCUUCUGCAGCAGCAGCAGCAGCAGCAGAAACAUCAACAUUGGCAGCAGAAACUGCACCUUCCUGUGCUGCUGCUGAUGCUGCUGCAGCACAAGGACCCUUACCUGGGGAGUACCCCAGAGGGCCCAUGAACACUCGUAUGUCCUCCGUGCUGCACCGGUGGGGCCCCCAAUGGGGGCCCCCCAAUAGAAGUUUUCUUAUUAGGGUUUGCGUCAGUCUGCAGAAUUUGCUGCUGCAGUGCAGCAAUGCGAUGCUGCAGGUCUCUUUGUGUCUUCAAUCAACAGCGGAUGAAGUUGCUUCUUCUGGCAAUAGAGCAGCAGGAGGACCAACAGGACCAGCAGAGGAAGCAGCAGCAGGAGUGGCGCAGCAGUCCUGGAGCAAUAUCCCUGGAGAAACUGCUGCUGCCGCUGCUGCUGCUGCUGCCUCUGCUGCUCGUAUUGCUGCAGACAGGAGCCUGGAGCACUUUGCCGAGAUGCUGCAGUGCAGGAACACUCAGUGCCCCCUGUACAGUAGCAGCAGCGGCUGCUGCUGCAGCAGCUGCUGCUGCAGCACCACUGUGACAGGACCUUGCUGCUGCAGCAGCUCAAGCAAAGAUCCCGACUCCCAAGGAAGCGCCUCCUCCCGUGCUGUAUCUUCACCAGCAGCAGCUGCUGCUGCUUCAAGUGCUGCUGCAGCCCCAGUGACGGCGCCUGCUGCAGCGGAGGCAGCAAGUGCUGCUGCUGGUGCUGCACCCAGUGCUGCUCCUGCCCCUGCUGGUACAGAGCUUGUUGCUGCUGCAGAAUGUGCCGAUGCCCCAGUUUGCCCACCAACAGAUGCUACAGCAGCCGCUGCUGUACCACACGUUACUGCUGCUGCACCACACGCUGCUGCUGCUGCUGCUGCUGCACCUCCAGUGGGCUCACAAAAGCCCGAUGGUUUGUGGAUCUCUGUCUCAGCGCAUCGGGAGAGGCUGCACGAAGGGGAGGUGAGUAAGGCUGCUGCUUCCCGUUCUGCUGCCUCACCCUCUCUUGCUGCAUCAUCUGCUGCUGCACUUUCUGCUGCUGGACCUCCUCGUGCUGCUGCAGCAGACACGAAAGUAAGGAUAGCAGAAGCGGCAGCAAAAGCAAAAAGAACCCUCUCCUCUCCUGCUGCGGAGCUACCAACUGCUGCAGCAAAACCGAGCAGCCAGCAGCAAAGGCCACCUCAGACAUUGGAGAGGGCCGCUGCUGUUGCGAGGACCGAACCACAGCAGCAGCAGCUGCUGCUGCAGCAGCAGCAACUGAAAUUGUUUCAAUUACCACAGACGUCAGGAAGAUCUGAUACCUCCAGGUCAGCCUCGCGAGACCCAGCAGGAGCGGCAGCAGCAACAGCAGCAGCAGCAGCAACAACAGCAGGGAAGGCGGAGACCUCACGUGCGGCGCAUGUGGUGGCUGCAAAGAGGACAGCUGCAGCAGCAUCAACUGAAGCAGCAGCAGAAGCAGCAGGACCAACAGAAGCAGCACGAGAAGGAGCACCAACUGCAGCAACUGUAGCAGCUGCUGCUGCAGCAGGAGAGGCUGGUGCUGCAUACCGUAGCAGCGAAGAGCCCUCUUCUCCUUCUUCCCGCCAUGAUGUUUCUUUGGGGGUCCAGCUAUGUGAUGUUGCUGCUGCAGCGCAGCAGCAGAUUUGCUCCUUUGUUAAGGAAGCAUGCAAGGCCUUGCCGCCACCUCAUCUGCUGCUGUGGCAUGCAACGUGGGCAUCUCAACGUCAACAAGUGGAGAUGUUGCUGCAGCAGCAACUGCAGCAGCAGAAACUGCAGCAGCAACAAUCACAGUUUCAGCAGAGAAUGCAGCAGCAACAACUACUGCUGCAGCAGCAGCUGCGGCAGGUCGCCGCCCUGGAUAUGCAAGAGAGCCGACCUUGCCACGUUCCUGCUGCGGUGGCUGCUCAGUUAGCCUACAAAGAAGCACAGAAUAGGCAAGCAGCAGCUGCUGCUGCUGCAGCAAAGGCAGCUGCAGCGAAUGCAGCAGCAGCAGCACGAUCAAAUGUACCAGCAGCAAAGGCAGCAGCAACAAGUACAGCAGCAGCGCAUGCAGCAGCAGCAACACGGGAAUCGCGAGAAGAUGUUAGGACCUCUUCGGGCCCAUAUGCUGUUCGAAGGGAAUUGCCGUGGCUUCGAAGGCCAGGCUUAGUGGCUCACAGCAGCAGCAGCAGCAGCAGCAACAGCAACAGCAGCAGCAGCAGAAUAUUCCCCGGCAAGGGUGUCUUCGUGGGGCCCGUGGCAGACAGUAGGUGCCGAGCCCCCAGGAUUGGUCGGCCUCCGACUGAUCUGCCUCAACAGCAGCAUCAACAGCAGCAACAACAGCAGCAACAACAGCAGCAACAACAGCAGCAGCAGAGCCGAUCAGGAGGCGGAGAGACUACAGAAGAAGCAGCGACAACAGCAGCAGCACCAGCAACACAAGCAGCAGCAGCAGCAACAACAACAACGGCAACAGAGGAGCGGGAACCUCCAACGCAGCGACAGCAGCAGACCUGCCAAGAAGGCCCUUGCCCCUCACACCCGGAUGGGCGAGUUAAGCAGCCUCGGCCUGGAGACGAAAUUUCCUCGGAGGGAAAACGAAUGCUCACGGGUUUGUUUAUUGGCAUACUCCCUAAAGACUCCAUAGAUUUGGCUGCUGCUGCUGCUGCUGCAGCAAGUGCGGCGGCAGAAGCAUGA